AUGCUCCCCGCCCAAUUUUACAGUACUGCACGGAGUACUCCGUACGGAGUAGCACCAUUAUUCAUCGCACCCAACGGAGUACAUCUUACUGUACUUACUUUCGCACCUCAUCAUCCAGAGUUCCGUUUCCAGCCUCGUUUCCCCGUCCUCCUAGACGAAUACUUGGACGAAGCGGCCGAUCCUCCUGCUCUCACCAUGACUUCCUGGCUGACCAAUCUCCGCCGGCGAAACGACCACAAUGUCUCGACCAUCCGCCGCGCGCCUCUCGCCGAGCUGUCGGGCUCUCUCGGCGACCUCGGAACCCUGCUGCCGCUCACGAUUGCCCUCGCUGUCCAGGGCUCCGUCGACUUGGCUUCGACUCUCGUCUUCUCUGGCCUCUUCAACAUCCUCACCGGCCUCUUCUUCGGCAUCCCCUUGCCGGUCCAACCGAUGAAGGCCAUCGCUUCGGCCGCCCUCUCCGGCCGCGAGCAUCCGUCCAUGGCCGUCGUCACCGCCGCCGGCCAGUGGGUCGCCGCCGCCGUCCUCGUCAUGAGCGUCACGGGACUUCUUCGGUGGUCCGUCGCCGUCGUCCCCGUCCCCGUCGUCAAGGGCAUCCAGCUCGGCGCCGGCCUGUCCUUGAUUCUCGGGGCGGGCACCUCCCUGGUGCAGCCCCUUCGCUGGCUGCAUCCUGUCCUCGACAACCGGCUCUGGGCUCUCUUCGCCUUCCUCGUUCUCAUCGCCACCCAGCAUCUCCCGCGCUUCCCCUACGCCUUGAGCUCCUUCGUCUUGGCCUUGGCGUUUGCCCUUGUUGCCGUCCUCGACGCCCACCAUGGGCUGCCGUCGGUCCAUCUCUGGCACCCAAGCUUUGGCAUCCCCGCCUGGAUCGGCUACCAUGACGCACCCGCCCUGUGGAUGGCCAUCGGGCAGCUGCCUUUGACCACGCUCAACUCCAUCAUCGCCGUUCACGCCUUGGCGGCCGACCUGCUUCCCGGCGUGCCCACGCCGUCCGUCACCUCCAUCGGCAUCAGCGUCGCUUUGAUGAAUCUGACCGGAACCUGGUUUGGCGCCAUGCCCGUCUGCCACGGCGCUGGCGGGCUCGCCGCCCAGUAUCGUUUUGGUGCGCGCAGCGGCGCGAGCGUCAUCAUUCUCGGCACCGUCAAGCUCGCUCUCGGCCUCGUCUUCGGACAGACGCUCAUCGAUCUCCUGAGACAGUAUCCCAAGAGUCUACUCGGCAUUAUGGUCCUCGCUGCCGGCUUGGAGCUUGCCAAAGUCGGCUACACCCUCAACCAGGGGGCUCCGGACUUGUGGGCUUACGCCGAAGGAGAUGCCGACGCCGUCCUUGCGAGGAGUCAUCGCAAGCUCACCGAGGAGGAGCGUUUGGAGAGGUGGACCGUCAUGCUGAUGACGACGGCCGGUAUCUUGGCUUUCCGAAACGAUGCCGUCGGCUUCCUCGCCGGAAUGCUGUGCCACGGCGCCUACGCCCUUUCCCGACGGCUCGUCAGGCGGGAGAAUGCACGUUCGCCAACCGAGCGAGCGCCCUUGCUUCUUUGA